CAGCUGACAGAUGUGAGUGUGUCUCGCGGCGCUCAGGCUUCAUUUAGUGAUAAACUUUGAGUUAUCUGUCCGCGUGUCCCUGACAUGAACCCCGCGUGAAAGCUUGAGACUGAGCGCGAGACCUUCAGGACGACCACCGCUGUCGGAGCGCCUGGAGGCGGAGUCAGAGUGACCGUGAAGUGGGCGGGACUUCCUGUGAGUGGUACGACAAGAUGCUGCUGACUUCCUGCUCCAUCCCCUCCAUCUACACCUGGCUCUGGUGGUUCCUUCUGAUCCUGAUGGUUCCUCCUGCAGCUCUCGGGGGCGACCAGACGGAGCCCUGCGGCGGACGGGAUUGCUCCACCUGUCAGUGUUUUCCCGCCAAAGGAGCGAUGGGGCCUCCAGGUCCUCUGGGACAGCAGGGCCCUCAGGGGCCCCCCGGCUUCCCGGGUCCCCAGGGGCCUCCAGGAGAGAAGGGCCACAGAGGAGACGAGGGCCAGAUCGGAGCCGCCGGACUGAAGGGAGACUCGGGAAGUGUUGGCGUUCCCGGUUUUCCAGGUUUAGAAGGAGUCCCGGGUCACCCGGGUCCGGCUGGAGGUCCAGGUUUUCCAGGUCUGGACGGAUGUAACGGAACCAGAGGAGAGAGAGGAGAUCCUGGAAUUUCUGGAGAACAAGGACCUUAUGGAGAACCGGGUUUUUAUGGACUGAAAGGAUUUCCAGGAGAUCCAACCCUCUACUUCAUACAGUAUCCAGGAAUACCUGGCGACGUCGGGCCCAGUGGACUAACUGGUUUGCCGGGAGAGCCAGGCCUGGGGGGUCUGACGGGAGUUAUGGGUCCCGCAGGACCGGACGGGACCAACGGUCUCCCUGGUCUGCCCGGCUACAGGGGUUCACCUGGAGAAAAAGGUCGAUCUCUGCCGGGACAGAAAGGAGACGAGGGGGACCAGGGCCUCCAGGGGCCCCCGGGGCCGUUUGAGUACGUCGACCCUCCAGAAGACCUGUACAUUAAAGGAGAAAAGGGGGAUCCAGGGCCUAAAGGGCUCUGUGGAGUUCAAGGACUGCCGGGUUUGGAUGCACUUCCAGGGAUCAAAGGAGAGAAGGGGAUUGUGGGAUUUCCUGGAGUCAGGGGAUUUUAUGGUAACCCUGGUUUGCCCGGAGAAAGCGGCUUCAAGGGGAUGCAGGGAAUCCCAGGGCUCCCAGGUCUGAUUGGACGGGAAGGUCCUAAGGGCAUAACGGGAGAUCCCGGUCCUAAAGGCCUCCCUCAGGAAAAACAACUCACACACACAGGUGCCAUUGGAGACCCCGGUGUCCCCGGACCCAGGGGCCCUCCAGGAGACAUAGGGUUUAUGGGGAUGCACGGCCCCGUUGGAGCCCCUGGCAGAUCCAUACCUGGUCCGAGGGGUGUUGUGGGUGAGAGUAGUGUUCCAGGAUCCAGAGGGGACCGAGGAGAACCGGGUCUGGUUUCUAAAGACGAACCCACACCGGGAGAACCUGGAAAACCAGGAAGGCCCGGACCACAAGGACUGAAAGGACAAGAGGGGAGACCAGGUAAUAAUUGUAUUCCGGGGAACCCAGGAGAGUCUGGAGAUCCUGGUGAUCAGGGGCCACCGGGGUCCCAGGGCUUCCAAGGUCUUAAAGGUAGCUCUGGAGACUGUGAUUGUGGCCCCCCCGUUGUCCUGAAGGGCCUCCCUGGCCCUAAGGGUGAACAGGGGACUCCGGGAUUUCCAGGAUCCACAGGGGCCCCAGGGCCGAGAGGAGAGAAAGGUUUACUUGGAGACACAGGAGUACGCGGAGAACAGGGUUUGCGGGGAUUUCCUGGUGUCGUAGGGUUCAAAGGUCAGAAGGGAUCGUUCCUUGUGUUAGAUUUUAAAGGUGAGAAAGGAAACCGGGGGCAGCAGGGCCUUCCAGGCACACAAGGAUUCUCAGGGAGAAGGGGCCUCGAAGGACUCCGGGGGGGCCCUGGAGUCCCUGGCCCCCAGGGCGAAAGUUUCCCCAGUUCUCCUGGAGAGAGAGGCCCCACUGGUUACCCAGGCCCAAAAGGAUUUCCAGGACCUUCAGGGCCCCCAGGACGAGGUGUAAUCGGAGCAGUAGGAAAGCGAGGGGCUCCUGGGGACUCAGGACCCGAAGGAAUUCCUGGCCCCCCGGGGCUGAAGGGCGUUAGAGGUGACACUCUGCCCUGUGUACCCAGAAACCCCGGGGCCCCCGGAGAGAAAGGAGAUACUGGAAAUGCAGGGAACCUAGGUGUCCUGGGUUCUCCAGGUUUUCGUGGCAUCACUGGACCUGAUGGAGCUAAAGGAGACAAAGGACAGUUUGGACUUCCUGGUCGACCUGGACGACAAGGACCUCCAGGUGUUGUUGGAGACCCCGGAGAUGAAGGCCGUGAAGGCUUCAGUUACGAUGGAGAUCCAGGCUCCCCGGGGCGCCCAGGCUCUGCCGGCCUCAGAGGCCCAGCAGGAGACUCUGCUGUUGGGCCCUCAGGACCAAUCGGCUUCCCAGGGCCACCGGGCGCUCAGGGUCCUAAAGGAGUCCCCGGACCACCCGGCAACGACGGACUACCAGGAAUACUGGGUCUGGCUGGUGGGCCUGGAGUGAAGGGCCAGAGAGGACAGGAUGGGGCCCCUGGUAUACUUGGCCCCAAGGGGCCCACCUCUAACCUCUGUGAGGCAGGAAAACCUGGGCCCAUGGGACUCUUUGGCCCUCAGGGAACCAUAGGACCCCCAGGGUGUGUGGGGGAGAAAGGUGUGGUCGGGGAGAUGGGUCCUCCAGGUGUAGGCCCUCAGGGUCCUAAAGAGAAACCAGGCAGCCCAGGUUUCCCUGGUCAACCAGGACCCCAGGGCCCCUCAGGCCUCAGUGGAGACCCCGGCCUGCCGGGGCCUGGUGGUGAGAAAGGUCCGAUGGGACCCCAGGGCCAGGAUGGGGAGCUGGGGGCCCCUGGACAGACUGGGGCCUUCGGAGCCCCAGGGAGAAAGGGGGAGGGAGGGCUCAACGGAGAAGACGGGGGUCUGGGAUGCGAGGGGCCCAAAGGAGAGAAAGGCUGUAAAGGGUUCCCGGGGCCUGAAGGAGAUACCUAUGGUGUGCCCAUCAAAGGACAGCCUGGAGAAGAUGGACCGCCUUGUUCCCCCGGCUUUCCUGGACCAAGAGGAAAUAAAGGUCUGAGAGGAGCUAACGGUAACCCAGGAUGUCCAGGCAUGAAUGGACCCCCAGGCAUCGUAGGAAUCCCUGGACCCCCCGGGCCCUACGGACCACCAGGACCACCAGGAUCACCUGGACGCACAGGACCACCAGGCUACAUCGGCUUCCCUGGAGAAACUGGAGAUGAGGGGGACCUGGGAUGUCCAGGGAAAGAUGGAGAACCCGGUCACCAAGGGUGUACCGGAUCCAAAGGUGAUCCAGGAGACUCUGUUGGUGUUUUUGGUCCACCUGGAGACAAGGGCCCUCCUGGAGACUUCGGGACCCCAGGAGCUCCUGGACCUCGAGGAGAUCCUGGAAGACCCGGUUUCUUAGGGCGUCCAGGAGAGAGAGGAUGUAAAGGAGAUCCAGGCCAGAGCGGGGAUCUGGGCCCACCAGGUGUGGUCGGUCCCUCAGGUCCCAGAGGUCGUCCAGGUUUUCCAGGUCUUCCAAGUAAAGCUGGUGCUGAUGGUCCUCCAGGUCCACAGGGCUGCCCAGGACUCCAAGGUCCUCCUGGACCGCUGGGGCUUCACGGACUGGAUGGACUGAAAGGCGUAAAGGGGGACAUGGGAACCAGAGGUCUGGGUGUGCCGGGUCCUCCAGGUUCCAAAGGUCUUCCAGGAGAUAAAGGUCCUCUUGGUCCUCCGGGACCCUAUGGUUCAUCCCAGCCCGGCCCACCAGGACCCCGGGGUCCUCCAGGAGCCCAAGGACCACCAGGGGGGUUGGGCCCUAAAGGUAAAUCUGGAUCGGACUGUAAAGCCGAUCCCGGGCCUCGAGGCGAUCCUGGUUGUGCUGGAACAGAUGGAGAGCCAGGAUGUGCAGGGGAAAUCGGAGCACCAGGUGACAACACUCCGGUGCCCGGAGAUGACGGGGAAAACGGGGACACAGGCUGCCCGGGGACAAAGGGCCAAAAGGGAUCUCAGGGGCCCCAAGGACAACCAGGCCUCUCUGGGAAUCCAGGAGCAAAAGGUAUUCGGGGGUCUUCAGGUCCAAUGGGACUGCCUGGCAGUAGGGGUCCUAGAGGUUUUACGGGCCCUGGAGGGUUCACAGGACCAAACGGAUUUACUGGGCCAGUUGGUCCAAAGGGGGAGAAGGGCCGGGUGUCCCCCUGCCCCGCUUACCCUCCCGCGACACAGGGGCCCCCAGGAGAUCCCCGCCCCCCCGGUACACCUGGUGACGUCGGACUUCAGGGAGAAAUUGGUCAGACUGGCCCCAAAGGUAGAAAGGGGGACCUCGGGCCUGAGGGUCCGACAGGCCCUGAUGGGCCCCUGGGUCCAGACGGGGACCGAGGAGAGCUGGGCCAGCAGGGGAAGCGUGGACUAGUGGGAGCCAAAGGGGAUCCCGGGCCAAUUGGUGACCGCGGACCCUCCGGGCCCUCGAAGAACCUGAACUCGGGCUUCAUGCUGGUGAUGCACAGCCAAUCAAGGCUGAUCCCAACCUGUCCCCCUAGCAUGAGGGUCCUGUGGGUGGGAUACAGCCUGCUGUAUCUGGAGGGGCAGGAGAAGGCGCACACUCAGGAUCUGGGCCAGGCGGGCUCAUGUAUGCGGGUCUUCUCCACCAUGCCGUUCUCCUCCUGCAACAUGGGGAAGUGCUCCUAUGCCAGUCGGAACGACAAAUCCUAUUGGCUGUCCACGACAGCGGCAGUCCCCAGCAUCCCGGUGGGCGGAGCCUCCAUCGAGGAGCACAUCAGCCGCUGCGUUGUGUGUGAAGCCCCCUCCUCUCCGGUCGCUCUGCACAGCCAGACUUCCACCCAGCCGGACUGCCCCCCCCAAUGGAGGAGCCUGUGGACCGGAUACUCCUUCCUCAUGCAUACAGGUGCAGGGGACGAGGGCGGCGGCCAGUCUCUGACGUCCUCGGGAAGCUGUCUGAUGGACUUCAGGGCCCAGCCCUUCGUAGAGUGCCAGGGGCCCCGGGGAACCUGCCACUACUUCGCCAACAUCUACAGCUUCUGGUUGACCCGGGUGGAGGCGGCGUCCUCCUUCACCUCGGCCUCCGACAGCCCCUCCACCACCCUGAAGGAGAGCUGGCAGCAGAGGGAGAGCAUCGGGAGGUGCAACGUCUGCAUGAGGGAGUGAGGAGGACCGUAGCGCUGCCAACCAAUCAGAGGUGUUCUCAGGAGAGCACAGACUGCUUUAUUCUGUCAGGAGACGUCACUGCACACAGAGAGCUCUGGGUGUUUGGUUUUUAUACAUCACGUUUGAUCUCCAACUUUUUAUUUUCAUAUGAACUCUACUGGAUGAGAUACGGAGGCCGACCGCAACCACUCUACAACGGCCCAACUCUCCCAUCAGGAGGAACAGCUUCAGAGAGGAUGCAGAUAUAGAAACACAAAUCAGAACUCAUGCAGGAACAUCUGCAGCAGCUCUUCAACACAUGCAGCAUCUAGAGAACAUUCAGCAGAGGAAACAUGAGCAGUUUACUAAAAGCUGCAGAAACCAAACGCUGCAAGAAGUUCCAACACAACGGAGACCAGGGGACACUAAAGAGAGACGCACACAGCUGGAGACCAGGGGACACUAAAGAGAGACGCACACAGCUGGAGACCAGGGGACACUAAAGAGAGACGCACACAGCUGGAGACCAGGGGACACUAAAGAGACGCACACAGCUGGAAACCAGGGGACACUAAAGAGAGACGCACACAGCUGGAGACCAGGGGACACUAAAGAGAGACACACACAGCUGGAGACCAGGGGACACUAAAGAGAGACGCACACAGCUGGAGACCAGGGGACACUAAAGAGAGACACACACAGCUGGAGACCGGGGGACACUCAAAAGAGACACACACAGCUGGAGACCGGGGGACACUAAAGAGAGACACACACAGCUGGAGACCAGGGGACACUAAAGAGAGACGCACACAGCUGGAGACCGGGGGACACUCAAAAGAGACGCACACAGCUGGAGACCAGGGGACACUAAAGAGAGACGCACACAGCUGGAGACCAGGGGACACUAAAGAGAGACGCACACAGCUGGAGACCAGGGGACACUAAAGAGAGACGCACACAGCUGGAGACCAGGGGACACUAAAGAGAGACACACACAGCUGGAGACCAGGGGACACUAAAGAGAGACGCACACAGCUGGAGACCAGGGGACACUAAAGAGAGACGCACACAGCUGGAGACCGGGGGACACUCAAAAGAGACGCACACAGCUGGAGACCAGGGGACACUAAAGAGAGACGCACACAGCUGGAGACCGGGGGACACUCAAAAGAGACGCACACAGCUGGAGACCAGGGGACACUAAAGAGAGACGCACACAGCUGGAGACCAGGGGACACUAAAGAGAGACGCACACAGCUGGAGACCAGGGGACACUAAAGAGAGACGCACACAGCUGGAGACCAGGGGACACUAAAGAGAGACGCACACAGCUGGAGACCAGGGGACACUAAAGAGAGACACACACAGCUGGAGACCAGGGGACACUAAAGAGAGACGCACACAGCUGGAGACCAGGGGACACUAAAGAGAGACGCACACAGCUGGAGACCGGGGGACACUCAAAAGAGACGCACACAGCUGGAGACCAGGGGACACUAAAGAGAGACGCACACAGCUGGAGACCGGGGGACACUCAAAAGAGACGCACACAGCUGGAGACCAGGGGACACUAAAGAGAGACGCACACAGCUGGAGACCGGGGGACACUCAAAAGAGACGCACACAGCUGGAGACCAGGGGACACUAAAGAGAGACGCACACAGCCGGGGACCAGGGGACACUAAAGAGAGACGGAGAUGUUUCUUCAUGUGCUUUGAUUUCUGUUUCUAUAUCUGCAUUGUUUCUGAAGCUGCAGCGGCUUCCUCCUGAAGGAAGAGUUCUGGACCGUUAUAAAGCAUGAGCACCGGUCCACCGUAACUAAGGGCUUAAAAUGAGUGGUGAUUAUUAGAAUUUAAAUUCCAGUUUCAAUGUAUUCAACACCCUUAAAGUGAUCACUGAAAGACACUAGUCCCUGUGAGGAGAGACUGCGAGAGCGCUACCAAUCAAUCCGUUCAGAUCAUCAGGAGAGCACAGACAGUCUGGGCGUUCGGUUUUUAGGCAUGAUGUUUGAUCUCCAACCUUUCAUAUUAACUGUAACUGAAAUACUCUGGGCUGCAUUCAAACUCAAGAGGCAAGAACACCACCCGAACAAAUCACAAGAACUGUGAUUGUGUUCGGGCCCGAGAUAUCUGAUAUGUCCGACAGCAACAACAUGACUUUGUGAGUUAGCAUUAGCUCCGAGAGACUUUGAAGAACACCAGACAAUCAAAACCUUAUUAUGAUGAGAAUUUACCGCAAAAAUCGCCGAGCCACGGAUAGAAUCAGUCCUGUUUUUCUCUGCUGAACUUAAAUUCACAACCUGGUUAUAUCAUGGUGGCUUUUAUUUUCAAAGAGGCCCUGUCCUGCUGUGUAUCAGUGUGAUUGGUUGGUGACGUUGUCGUGGUGUUCUCUCCUCAUCAGAAACAUCCCUGAGAUAGCGAUGGCCCCGCUCACAGCCUGGGAUGUAUUAUAAGAGCUGGACACCGAGACCUUUAAAUCAACACGAGACGCUUCAGUGUUUCUCAUGUGCAGAGGUGUAACGUUUCUGAAGUACUUUACUAAACUACAAUGUUUAGAUACUUGUCCUUUACUUCAGUAUUCCCAUUUCCUGUUACUGUGUACUUUUACUCCACUACAUGUAUUUGAUCCCUUUAGUUGCUAGGCAGAUCUGGAUGAAUGAUGGUAAAUAUAAUCUCCCUUAAAUCAGACUGUAGUUCACCUGCAGUAAAUCCAGCAGCUACCCUGCAGUAUACAAAGCAUUCAAACUAGCUGCACCUUUACCAGCUCUGAGAACACUUUACUGAUCAAUCAUUAUAAAACAUAUCAGAGAUAUUAUUCUGAAAUGGACCAAUCAGACAAUGACUACUUUUACUGUCGCUACUUUAAGUACAUUUAGAGGAGAGUACUUUCUACUUUCACUGGAGGAACAUUUAGAAUACUUUCACUGAGACAGAGUAUUCCUACACUCUGGUACUUCUACUUUACUCAAGUACAAGAUCUGAGUACUUCUACUUUACUCACGUACAAGAUCUGAGUACUUCUACUUUACUCAAGUACAAGAUCUGAGUACUUCUACUUUUAC